AUGGCAUGUAUAGAAGAUAUAAAUGAUGAAUCAGUAUGGAAUGGUCAAAUUGCAAGAGAAGACCAAGUUGUGGAAAUUGACAAAGCGAAAUUUGGAAAGUGGAAAUACAACAGAGGAAGAAUAAUUCCAGGCCAGUGGAUUUUUGGGGGCUAUCACCAUUUAACAGUUAAUCACACUUAUAACUUUGUUGAUCCCCAGACAGGCACCCAUACCAACACAAUUGAAAGAUUGUGGCGCACGGUCAGGUCGAACGUUCCCGUCGGCGGUCGACGAGAAGACCACAUGAUUGGAUAUUUAGCAGAACACCUUUUUAAAUCAAAAUAUUCAAACUUCAAUCAGCGUUUCCACCAUCUGUUGCUUGCUGCUGCGAAGCUUUAUCCGCCGGACUAUUAG